AUACCAGUCUGUGUGAAGGGUUGGUCGACAUGGAUGGUGGGAGACUACAAAUAAUGAAACGCUGUGAACGGAACACUACACCGACCCAAAUAACUAAACCCAACCGCGAGACCAACUCGAUGAUUAUGCCCAGCUCCGACACAGCAGUGAGAAGUUUAUCAGAGGUCGAAAAAUACCUUAACAGCCGGAACGAAAUGGCGGAACGGAGCAGUGGUGAUGGGAACAGCCUGAACAUUCCGGAGUCGAUGCGUCGGGGCAGCUCAGAGAACAACCUAGAUCUGGAUCUGAGCGGCAUCCCAGAUUCCCAACGCUACCUAGACUCCUCCCACCGCAGCUUAGACUCCUCCUACCGCUCCCUGCCCCCCGGACUCAACAGCCUGCAGCAGAAGAUCCUCCGGGUGACUGAGGAGUUGAAGAUUGAGCAGGAGGCGCGUGACGACAAUGUGGCUGAAUACCUGAAAUUGGUGAACAGUGCCGACAAGCAGCAGGUGGGGCGCAUCAAGCAGGUGUUUGAGAAGAAGAACCAGAAGUCAGCCCACAGCAUUGCCAACAUGCAAAAGAAGUUGGAGCAGUAUCAUAAGAAGAUGAAGGACAGCAGUGAGAAGGAUGCCAGCUCCAAACACCACAGCAGCCCCAAGGACACCUCCAAGGACAGGCUGAGCCUCACUAUGAGCAACGUGAGCAGUGGUAGUGGACGACAUCCCACGGACAAGAUCAAGACUGUGGGGCCCGGCGUCUCACUCUCACCUCCGUUCUUCUUCAGCAAGCCCCGGGACUUUGCCAACCUCCUUAGGAACAAGUUUGGCAGUGCCGACAACAUCGCCCACCUCAAGACCUCCCUGGAUACGCCCUCUUCCUUCCACUCUGAAGGCGCUGGGCGGGGCCUGAGCGGCAGUGCCACCAUAGUGGAUGGGAAGACCGUGACCCCCGCAGCCACAACGACCCCCAAGUACACCAGCGACGACGAGUGUUCCUCUGGCACAUCCCUGUCUGCGGACAGCAACGGGAACACCGUGGCUCUUGGGGUUGGCCUGGGCGUAGAAGGGGGUUUGGGGGCUGCAGUGACCCCUGGACAGAGCCUGGAGGCUGGGGACGGCCAGGGGAGGCUUGGCCUGACCAUGGAGGAGGCGAGGGAGAUCAGGGAGGCCCAGGGGCAGCUGGAGGAGGACAUGGAGGCACUCAGGACCCAGUUCAAGAAAGACUACGGCUUCAUCACCCAAACGUUACAGGAGGAGAGAUACAGGUAUGAGCGGUUGGAGGACCAGCUGAAUGACCUGACAGAGCUCCACCAGGCGGAAACAGCCGACCUGAAACAGGAGCUGGCAAGCAUCGAGGAGAGAGUAGCCUACCAGGCCUACGAGAGAGCCAGAGAUAUACAGGAAGCUCUAGAGUCAUGUCAGACUCGAGUCUCUAAACUAGAGCUCCAGCAGCAGCAACAACAAACUGUCCAGCUCGAGUCCAGUGACGCCAGGGUGCUUCUGGGUAAGAGCAUCAACAUCAUGCUCGCCCUCGUCACCGUGAUCCUCGUGUGCGUCUCCACGGCCGCCAAGUUCGCCGCGCCCCUCCUGAGGAGCCGACGCCACGUGAUGGGCACCUUCCUGGGCAUGUGUCUGCUGGCGCUGUUCUGGAAGAACUGGGAGAAUCUUCAGUGUGCUGUGGAGAGUGUACUGGUGUCAGCCUGAUUGGGGAGAAUAGUCUAAUGCUGUCCACAACCACACACUGCAACAAAUGAUCUCCAGACAGUUCUCAGAGCGCAGAACAUCAAAAUAGGAUAUUUAUAAGUGAUUAGAACGUACAGUGGUGAGAUUCUACAGUGCACUGUGGGUCCUGGUGCCUGCCUGGUGGGGGAGAAUGGAGCUGUCAAAGCAUGAUCACUGACUGGUUAAUCUCACCACCCAGAAUAACACUGAAUAUCAAGUCAAUGUGAGGUGCAAGAACACAUAAGGACAGACAUCAUAACAACAGACUGCUGAGAAUGUUGUAAUCCUUGAUUAAUGCUGGUUCUCGCAAUGUUAAGUCCAUCACGAGAGACUACUGCCUGUUCACUCUUAAGAUUUCCAUUGGUCAGAAGUGGAUGAUGCGGUCCACAAUUGCACACGGCAACAAAUGAUCUCCGGACUCAGUCAGAACUCCGUCAGAACAGUAUAUUUCUAUGUGAUGAAGAUCAGAAGGUGCACAGUGCAGAAGAAGUGUGAUAGAGCCUGAUGGGUUUAGACAGGGGACUUGGUUAAAGUAUGGUUACUAACUGACUGUUCAUUAUACUAUAGGAUCUCAAUCUCCCUAGUCUCUGAUGGGAUUGGUGGAUUGGUCAUGGCACAUAAUUAUCAGAGCGCGCAGUUCUGUCGCCUCACUGUCGUCUUAUGGUCGGAGAGGUUCAUGGGUCUUCAUGGACACACACCACACCACACCACACCACACCACACCACACCACACCACACCACACCACACCACACCACACCACACACGGACAUCUUGUUUUAAUGUUAUUUUAUGACUGUGUCCCAAACAGCACCCUAUUCCCUAUAUAGUGCACUACUUUUGACUAGGAGCCUAUGGGGCCUGUAAUGCAUAUAGCGAAGGUGCCAUUUGGGACGUACCCUAUGGACUUUGUUUCAUGUCUUACAGACAGACGUUCCUCAUUUCUUCCUUAUUGCCUGCAGUCACAUGUUUGUCAUCGUUUUAAAACUGACUUGUUUUGUUUGCUUCUUUUAUUGGAUCCAUUUUUAAAAGUGCAAUAUGUUGUAUGUUAUUUUUUUACCACUUCUUGUUUGUUGUUGUUUUUAUUUAGAACAUAAUUGUAUCUGUUGACCUGUCUAGAUAGAGAAGUGACGGGGUGCUGUCUGAAGGUUGGGGGGUGGGGGGGGGGGAUGUCAAUUUAUGGUUGCCUGAUGAAUUCAUACCCACUAAGGCCACUGAGGGUUUGUGAUAAGAUGAGCUGUCUCUUCUGCCUGAGACAAAAUCAAUCCAAUGUGGUUAUCGCUUUGUUUUCCCACCAGAUUAUCGCUCGAUAAACAUCAAGCAAUAUUUUUCACCUGCCCUCAAAGCCCACAACCACACUGAAACAGCAGAGAGACAUGCACGGUGUCACUUCUUCAAUUCUCUUACAAUACUCAAAUAUCUUAUGGGAUUUUAUUUUUGCGGUUUUACAGAAUUCCAAUGGUAAUAAUUAAUGUGAUUGAGAAAGGAUUUCUCAGAGAGGAGGAGGGACUGAUUGAUUGAUUGAUGAUCGAUUUAUUGAUUGAUGAUGUUUGUAGUCCUUCAAGAGGAAAUACUGGACUAUCUACAACACUGUGAUAUGAGGGUUAUUUGACUAUCCCACUGAGAAACACUUUUUCUAUGAUAGCUGGGUCAUUCCACAGAUUCGGUGCCUUUUGAGAAGUGUAACUUGGUAAAAUAAAUAAAUACAUUGAUUUCACAAAAUGUUGGCAUUCUCUCAUAAAGAGCACUUGUUCAACUUCAGAAGAAAAAAAAGUUUUCCUAUCUCAAGAGGUUAAAUAAAAAAAUGACUAUAGUGCCUAUUAAGUGUCAAAUAAAGUAACAAUGUUGACCAUAACAGGGUUGACGAUUUCAUCUUAAAUCAGCCAUAAAUCCCAGGGGGAAUGGAAGCUUGUUGUGUCCAACAGGGAGUGGCAAUUGAAUGCAAGCUUCACGCUCAGUUUUCUACCACAAAACACCAUAAAAUGGCCAGAAAUACUAGAACCAGCUCACCUGCUUUUACUCUAUGAUUUGACAAUUAGAUGUUCAAUGUUUCUUUUGAAAAUAAUAUUUAAAAAAAGGAAUAGUUCCACAAUAUUAAAACGAGUUCAGUUCAUGUAACAGGGUUGACAUUAAAAUGAGGGACAGACCUAAAUGAAUCACUAAUCACACAAAAUAAAUAA